CGAGCAGCUUUCCGCACUGCCCGGUGCCCAGAGUCCACACUCCCAGUCCCGUCCCCGCGCCGCGCCGGCGAGCAAACCAAUCCAGCAAUGCCGGCGGCCGAUCCCCCCGCCGCCGCGGACGCGGCGUCCGACGAAGGCGCGCCUCACCACGCACCCCCGCCGCGGCCGCGGCCGCCGCCUCCACCCCGACCCCUCUCCCUCGCCUCCGCCCUCCCCUUCUGGUUCUACCUCGCCGCCGCGGUCUCCCUCCUCGCGAUCCUCCUCCCCCGCAUCUCCCCUUCCUCCUCCGCUCCCGCUCCUCUCCCGCCUCUCCUCCGCGGACACCUCGCCUCCGGUAGCGUCCUCAAGCUCGAUCCCGCCCCCGGCCUCUUCGCUGUAACCUCCCGCCCCGCCGCCGCCGCUGCCGGCGGCGGCUCCCCCGCGCACCGCGUCCUCAUCCUCCCGGGCCUCGCCGCGGGAUCCUUCUCCUUCCGCCGCGUCCUCUCGUCGCUCUCCUCUCGCGGCGUCCUCGCCGCGGCGCUCGACCUCCCCGGCCAGGGCCUCUCCCCGGUGCCGCCCUCCGCGGCCGCGCCCGCGCGGACCAGCGCUCUCCGGGAGAUCAUGGACCGCGGCAUCUUCCAUGCCUUCGAGCACCUCGUCCAGACCGGCGAGGUCCCGUACCAGGAAGAAACGGCCGCCCCGCUGGCGCAGUCCCCGCACGCGCCCGCCGAGGCGGCCGCGGCCGUCGCCCGCGCCGUGGAGGCGCUCGGGGUGGCCCCCGUCCACCUCGUGCUCCACGAUUCGUCCCUCGCGGCCGGGGCAGCAUUCGCGUCGGCCAACCCGGGCGCCGUCCGGAGCGUGACGCUGAUCGACGCCACCGCAUCCGUGCCAGCGUUUCCGGCCGCGGUGUUCGACGUGCCCGUGCUGGGGAGGCUGGUGCUGCGAGUGCCGGCGCUGUUCCGUGGGCUGGUGCGGCUGUGCUGCGUGCGGGGGAUGGGGGCCGAGGAGGUGGAGGCGCACCGGGAGACGAUGCGGGGGGAGGGGAGGACACAUGAGGUGAUUGAAGCUUGGAAGGCGAUGAAUCACAGCUUUCAGUUGGGUGAAUGGAGGGGUUCUUCAGACGAGGUGAGGAGGCUGCCGAUGAUGGUGCUGUGGUCAGGUACUUGGUCAGAUAUGUGGAUUGAUGAGGGUAAGAAGGUGGCUGCUGCAUUGCCGGAUGCCAGAUUUGUCUACCAUUCCGGUGGCCGAUGGCCUCAGGAGGAUGCCUCCGAGGAAAUUUCGCGGCUGAUAGCAGAGUUUGUGACCUCUUCAGAAGAAGCAUCAGAUGAUCGCAUCGAGUAGCCUGUUGUAUGUCAUCCUAUGAGUUCACGGCCAUGGAUAAGGAUCAAGAUCCUGGAUUUGAAAAUGCCAGAGCCAUAUGUAUGCACACGUCUUGGACAAGUUGGUAGCUUUAGCUCCUGCUGCUAGCAUGAAACACUUACCCAAGUGGGGACAUCAUGUUCAUGUACCAUAUCUUUUUUGAAGGAUAGUUUAACAAAUGUGCCCAUAGAGCUCUUGUGUUGAUCCUGAAGUUGAUGCAGUGACGAGAAUUGUUAGUUAAGACUAUUUUUUUAGAAGGGUUUCUGUUGUGGCAUCUGUACUGAGUUCUGACUUACAUUGGUGUAUUUCUCCUUUGUUGCUAAAUUGGUAUUGCCUUGCUGUCCUGCAUGAAUUGUAAAACGAUGUGGUACCAAACUCAUGCUAGUGUUUGUAUUUUUCUUUUUA